AACCUUCUUUCUACGAUGCCUCCGAAGAUCAAGCGGAAGGCUCCGGCCUCACCGGCGAGGCACGACCCUUCGCCGGAGCCCUACCCUUCCCACGCCUCCCCCUCCUCGGCACAAUGCCUGGCAGUCCGCGACGCCCUCCUCGCGUUCCACGGGUUCCCCGAGGAGUUCGCGCCCUUCCGCCUCCUCCGCCUCGGUGGCCGCUCGCCUAACCGUGACCCUCGGCCUCAGCCUUUGUCUCCCACAGUGCUUGACGGCCUCGUCAUCACCCUCCUCUCUCAGAACACUACCGACGCCAUCUCGCGCCGCGCCUUCGCCUCCCUCAAGGCCGCUUUCCCCUCCUGGGACCAGGUGGUGGAUGAGGAAGGGAAGAGGCUGGAGGACGCCAUCCGGUGCGGCGGCCUGGCGACGACGAAGGCGGCCAGGAUACGGGCCAUGCUGAGGGACGUGAGGGAGCGGAGGGGCAAGAUUUGCCUCGAGUACCUGCGGGAGCUGUCGGUGGAUGAGGUUAAGAAGGAGCUCUCUCGGUUCAAAGGGAUUGGACCAAAGACCGUGGCAUGUGUGCUGAUGUUCUAUCUACAGAAGGAUGAUUUUCCAGUGGAUACUCAUGUACUCCGCAUUACAAAGGCUAUGGGUUGGGUUCCUGCAACAGCUAGCAGGGAGAAGGCCUACAUUCAUCUAAAUAAUAAGAUUCCUGAUGAUCUGAAGUUUGAUUUGAAUUGUCUUUUUGUAACUCAUGGGAAGCUUUGUCAGUCAUGUACCAAAAAGGUGGUAAGUGAUAAAAGCAAGAAUUCCAAUGCUGCCUGUCCUCUAGCAGGUUACUGUUGCAUUGGAGAAGAAAAGCUUCAGCAACAGUGAAGGCACCAUUAAUGGCUAUUGUUGUUUUGAGAAGAGGUUCAUGAACGGAUGAACCUCCCCACAGCACUACUGAUAAAAGCAAUUUAUGUGACAUGGCGCUUUUAUAUGCAAUUAUUCAGUUUAAGGAGAAGUAGAACACAUGGUUUCACCCUAAGGUUUCUGGUUUUGUGGUUGGGAACACCAGCACCUGUGGAUUGUUACACCAACUAAACAAGUUCCAGAAGUUUGAGAUAUCACAUUGGUAUAGAUUGGAGAAAACAAUGAAGAGUGCCAACUAACCAAUUGUAUGCACAUGGUCCCCUCAACUUUCUAACGCACGCGAUCUCUUGUGCCCCAAUCUGAUGGCUUGUGAUUUCCAGAGCAGGCAGUAGCUGAGAGCAUUCAAAAGGCUCAGCUGUGUUUGAUUCGGCAAAUGCUCCAUCACAAUCGGCCCAAAAUUUAGCUGAAUGCUACCGCCCCACUUGAUUGAAAAGGACAUCUGCACUUGAGUUCAACUGUGUAAACCUGGGAGCUUUGGAUGGAGAAGAUGUGGACCCUUGAUACGCAUUUGUUGCGUAAUGCUUUGGAUUGAAGCUGAGCAAUGUACCAUACCAUGCUGCCAUGUGAUCUGAGCGAGUGGCCGGCGGCUUGCUUCAUGCUCACAUGAAGUUUAACUACCGGCACCGUCGGUUGCAGUUGCUAGUUUGGUUGGGUUGUAAACUUGUAAUGAAAUGGACUCUCGCAGGUUAAACCUGGGAGCCUUUUGUUACUGGGAACAUCUGAUGUGAAAGUCCAUCACUUUUUGACCUUUCAA